AUGUCACCAAAAGAAGCAACUAGAACAACUUCAUUUCGACUGGUAUAUGGGCACGACGUAGUGUUGCCAGUAGAGAUUCAGGUUCAGGCAGUCAGAACCCAAAGGCAAUAUGAAAUACCUUCUGAAGAUUAUUGGAGCAUGAUGACAGACGAACUGGUCGAUUUAGAUGAGGAGAGAAUGUUAGCCUUGGAUUCACUACAAAGGCAGAAAGAAAAGGUCGCUAGAGCCUACAAUAAAAAGGUGAAAGGAAAAAUGUCCGUUGUCGACGAUCUAGUUUGGAGAGUGAUCUUGCCUAUGGAUAGAAAUGAUAGAGUUUUGGGUAAAUGGUCCCCUAAUUGGGAAGGACCGUUUAAGAUUCUGCAGGCCUUCUCUAACAACGCCUACGAGGUCGAAGAGUUGGCACCAGACAGGCGAAUCUUAAGGGUAAAUGGAAAGUACUUGAAAAAAUAUAGGCCUCUCCUUCAAGAGGUCAAGAUUGUAACAAACUAA